GCUCUCAAAUACGCCUCUCCCAAAAUUCCCAGUCCGACCUGAAUUCUCUCUCACAAUACCAAAAAUACCCAAAUAAGGGAGAUUCUCAUUUUAUUUUCCCGGAAAAUACACAGAAAAGGCACAAAACCCAAGAAAUCAACUCCAUCUACUCUGCAAUUUGCAUGAAUGACAUGUGAGACAGUGAGUGCGAGUGUCGUUAUUACACACACGGAUCACAACGUUCUUCAACUUUUUCUUUCAUUUUCUAGGUGAUAGAAAGGAGUGGGUAUUUGUUUUCCUUCGUUCCAAACACUUCUCAAAUCCCAAUAAAUAUAUACAUUCCUUCGAAUGUGUUGUUGAUUGGGUGAUAAAUUUUAUGGUUAUUGUGAAAAUUUUAUAACAUUUGUAGCGGAGAAAUUAAGUGUGGAGGGAAAUGGCUGGGAACGAGUGGAUUAAUGGCUACUUGGAGGCGAUUUUGGAUAGUGGGGCAGCGGCCAUUGAUGAACAAAAACCGACGCCUGUGAAUCUCAGCGAAAGAGGGCAUUUCAAUCCGACCAACUAUUUUGUGGAAGAGGUGGUAACCGCAGUCGAUGAGACUGACCUUCACAGGACAUGGAUCAAGGUGGUCGCUACCCGCAACACUCGCGAACGCAGCACCAGGCUUGAGAACAUGUGCUGGCGCAUUUGGCACCUCACCCGCAAGAAGAAGCAGUUGGAAUGGGAGGAAUUGCAAAGAUCAACGAACCGAAGAUGGGAACAGGAACAAGGACGUAGAGAUGCGACUGAAGACAUGUCCGAAGACUUAUCAGAAGGAGAGAAGGGAGACAUCUUAGGGGAGAUGAUGACCAGUGAGACGCCAAGGAAAAAGUUCCAGAGUAACUUAUCGAACCCUGAAGUAUGGUCUGAUGAUAAGAAGGAAAAGAAACUUUAUAUUGUACUUAUCAGUUUACACGGUUUGGUUCGAGGAGAAAACAUGGAGCUUGGUCGAGAUUCCGACACUGGAGGACAGAUCAAGUACGUGGUAGAGCUUGCUAGGGCACUGGCACAUAUGGCUGGGGUGUACAGGGUAGACCUCUUUACUCGCCAAAUUUCAUCGCCUGAAGUUGAUUGGAGCUAUGGUGAACCAACAGAAAUGCUAACUGCAGGCCCUGAAGAUGAUGACGAUGGUGUGGGGGAGAGCAGUGGUGCAUAUAUAAUAAGGAUUCCCUUUGGUCCACGUGAUAAGUAUCUCCGAAAAGAAUUAAUCUGGCCUCAUAUUCAAGAAUUUGUAGAUGGAGCUCUGGCUCAUAUUCUUAAUAUGUCAAAAGUUCUGGGCGAUCAAAUUGGUAGUGGGCAGCCAGUAUGGCCAUACGUUAUUCACGGCCAUUAUGCAGAUGCAGGAGAUAGUGCUGCUCUCCUAUCAGGUGCUUUAAAUGUCCCAAUGGUUUUAACUGGACACUCACUUGGGAGGAACAAACUUGAACAACUUCUUAAGCAGGGACGACAAUCGAAAGAGGAUAUCAAUACAACAUAUAAGAUAAUGAGGAGGAUAGAAGCUGAAGAGUUAUCACUUGAUGCAGCAGAACUUGUAAUCACAAGCACUAAGCAGGAGAUUGAAGAACAAUGGGGACUUUAUGAUGGUUUUGAUGUCAAGCUUGAGAAAGUCCUUCGUGCUCGUGCUAGACGUGGGGUCAAUUGCCAUGGUCGUUACAUGCCAAGGAUGGUGGUCAUCCCUCCAGGCAUGGACUUCAGCAGUGUUGUGGUUCAAGAAGAAUCCCCUGAUGUUGAUGGGGAACUUGCAGCUCUUGUUGGUGGUACCGAGGGGUCUUCUCCAAAAGCAUUUCCUGCUAUAUGGUCUGAAGUGAUGCGGUUCCUUACCAAUCCUCACAAGCCAAUGAUCUUGGCCUUGUCAAGGCCUGAUCCAAAGAAGAACAUCACAACACUUUUGAAAGCCUUUGGAGAGUGUCGUCCUUUGAGAGAUCUUGCCAAUCUUACAUUGAUUAUGGGAAACAGAGAUGAUAUAGACGAGAUGUCUGGAGGAAAUGCUAGUGUUCUAAUAGCAGUUUUGAAAAUGAUUGAUAAAUACGAUCUAUAUGGAUCAGUGGCCCACCCAAAGCAUCACAAACAAUCUGAUGUUCCAGAUAUAUACCGACUUGCUGCAAAAACAAAGGGAGUUUUCAUAAAUCCAGCUUUGGUUGAACCUUUCGGGCUUACACUGAUUGAGGCAGCAGCGCAUGGGCUUCCGAUGGUGGCUACCAAGAAUGGUGGACCAGUUGACAUCCAUCGGGCAUUGAACAAUGGUUUGCUUGUGGACCCUCACGACCAGGAAGCAAUUGCUGAUGCCCUGCUUAAAUUGGUAUCAGAGAAGAACUUGUGGCAUGAUUGUAGAAAAAAUGGUUGGAAGAACAUACACCUUUUCUCAUGGCCUGAACACUGUCUCACAUAUUUGACCACGAUAGCAGCUUGUCGGAUGAGGCACCCACAAUGGCAAACCAACACUCCAGGGGAUGAGGUUGCAGCAGAAGAGUCGUCACUCAAUGAUUCUCUCAAAGACGUACAGGAUAUGUCCCUCAGACUCUCCGUUGAUGGGGAAAAAUCUUCAUUGAAUGGAUUCCUCGACUCUACAGCUGCAGCUGCUGGUGACCCUGAGCUGCAAGACCAAGUGAAGCGUGUUUUAAGCAAGAUAAAGAGCCCGGAAUCGGACCGAGAAGAUGUUGAAGGUACGAAAAAACCACCUGAAAAUGCCCCAAGCAAGUAUCCUAUGUUGAGGCGGCGACGUAGAUUGAUUGUCAUAGCACUUGAUUGGUACAACAAUGAUGGGGCUCCUGAAAGCAAGAUGAUUCGAAUAAUGCAUGAUAUUUUUAAGGCUGUUCGUUUAGACUCGCAAACUGCAAGGAACUCAGGGUUUGCUUUAUCAACAGCAAUGCCGAUAUCAGAAACCAUAAAUUUCUUAGCAUCGGCAAAGAUUCAAUUAAAUGAAUUCGAUGCACUUGUUUGUAGUAGUGGGAGUGAGGUCUAUUACCCGGGUACUUACACUGAAGAAGAUGGCAAGCCUUUUCCAGAUCCAGAUUACGCUUCACAUAUUGAUUACCGUUGGGGUUAUGAAGGUCUUAAGAAAACCAUUUGGAAGCUAAUGAAUACAACUGAAGGUGGAAAAGAUUCCAGUCAAUCUUCCAGCCCUGUUGAGGAAGAUGUGAAAUCGAGCAAUUCUCAUUGCGUUGCAUACUUGAUAAAAGAUCCCAGUAAGAUAAUGAAAGUGGACGAUUUAAGGCAAAAGCUUAGGAUGCGCGGUCUCCGUUGUCAUCCAAUGUAUUGCAGGAGUUCUACAAAAAUGCAAAUCGUUCCUCUUCUUGCAUCCCGAGCACAGGCACUCAGGUAUCUUUUUGUCCGUUGGAGAUUGAAUGUUGCGAACAUGUAUGUUUUUCUUGGUGAGAACGGAGACACCGAUUACGAGGAAAUGAUAUCUGGGACUCACAAGACCUUAAUCAUGAAAGGAGUGGUGGCAAAAGGCUCUGAUGAAUUCAUGAGAACAGACCUAAGAGAUGCUAUUGUUCCCACAGAAAGCCCUUUAAUGUGUAGGAUAAAUGGGGAUGCAACUGCUGAAGAGAUUUUUGAUGCUCUGAAGCAACUCACAAAAGCUUCUACAGGAAUGUGAUCUUGAUGUGAGAGAUCGUUGGUACACAUAUAUAUUGAAAGAUCAUUGUAGAAUCUCUUCGCUUGAGGUGGGGAGCUAUUAUUGAUCUUCUAUACAUGCUGAAUUUGAUUGUUAUAACAUGCUAUAUUGUUCUUGGAGUAGUACAAAAAUUGGUUGACAAAUUGUCAGAAAUCCAAAUCACUAUAAAGUCAAUUAUAUUA